UCCCCAAUCUAAUACAAAUUUUCGAAUCCUUAUGAAUGGAUAUUGUUGCAUUGCAGUUGAUGUUGGGAAAUUAGAUAAUGAGAGCAUGGAAAUAGCGAGAACAAUUGGUGUUUCUGCUCUAUGUAAAUGCAAACCAAUUGCGUGCUUAAUUUUUGCCUCUUGCAAUCUUCGAGAGCCCAAUAAUUUAUUAAGCAAGAAAAAUAAGAGGGUGGCAGUACAGCGAGUGCAGUGCGAAGCAACCAGAAGCAGAAGGCAUAUGUGCCUGGGAAGUGCUGGAGCUAUGUGGGCAUUGUUGUAUGGGUUACAGUCUCAGGAAGCUGAGGCCAAGGAAAUUCAGGUGGGCGCCUACCUUCCCCCUGCACCUUCCAAUGCCGGCUUCGUACAAUUCAAGGCUACCAACAAGGACACUCCAGCUCUCCGUGCAGGAAACGUGGAGCCGUAUCAAUUCAUUCUUCCUUCCACAUGGAAGCGAGUGCGAGUUGCUAACAUAUUGUCAGGUAACUACUGUCAGCCUAAAUGUGCCGAGCCAUGGGUGGAGGCAAAGUUUGAGGAUGCAAAUCAGGGAACUGUGCAGGUAGUUGCGUCUCCUUUGAUCCGCCUCACAAAUAAACCAAAUGCUCAAAUUGAGGAAAUUGGGAAUCCAGAGAAGCUGAUCGCUUCAUUAGGUCCCUUUGUAACUGGGAACAGCUAUGAUCCAGAUGAGCUUGUUGAAAGCAACGUGGAAAGGCAUGAUGACCAAACAUAUUACAGUUACACAUUGGAGACUCCAUAUGCCUUAACUGGUACUCACAAUCUUGCAAAGGCUACUGCAAAAGGUAAUACAGUCGUACUCUUUGUAGUCAGUGCCAAUGACAAGCAGUGGCCAAAAUCAGAAAAAAUACUGCGAAGUAUAGUCAAUUCAUUCCAAAUUUAGCUUGCUUGUCCAAGCUAGCUGGGAAAAGUGUAUAUUAUAUGUAAUUAUUUGCUCUUGGCUGCAAGUGAUACUUAAAAAUUUGAACAUAAUUCAAUUAUUUUUCAUUCAAUAUCCUAUUGAUCAGUUGGAAGUUGUGUUGGCCUUAGGUACUUUAUUUUCUUUGCAUUUCUUAGAGAACGAGCUUAUUUAAUGUUUUGACCACUUACCUGCCUUGUUGGGUACAAAUAAAGUGGCCUAUGUAAUUUCAGGUUUGGAUGGCAACUCUGGGUAGGUUUAGCUGUAUAUAAUUAUUAUUUUGAAGUAAAAUCUUGUAUGCUUCUCCUCGUUGGUUUUUAGCCAAGGAAUUAACUUCAUCCGUGAAUGAAAAGAAGUUCAGAAUUCCAUU